UCCGCUACCCCCCUUGCCAUUAAUUAAAAUUGACCCUAACGCCAUUUGGUGGGCAAAAUGACCAAGGGGAAAUACACUUUGUAAGAGGAUGGGGUUGCAGCUUUACCAAGGAGGAUAGACCGUAAAAUUACUAUCCUGGAGAUAUUUCUUUAGGGAUUUGAAGUAAAAAUAAUAUUUUUAAGAUUCGUGGACGUUUAAAGUACCCUAGCUUGCUUUCUAUGUUGUACCUGUUGCUUCAAAAGAAGCUGUCCUGUGGAACCCCCACCUCACAUAGGAAAACUCAGCAGGGAAGGGGCUCAGUGAUUCUUACCUAUUGGAACUAGAUGACACAGGCCAAGGAGCCCGGAGCAUUUGUGAAACUCCAGCCAGCAAGUUGCAUCAAGGUUUUAGUUAGCAGAGCUUGGCAUUGUGCCUUUAUCACAUGUCUGGAUGAGAUGUGUGCUGGUGGUAAAUGUGUCCUACUGGGCCCCAGAGUCGUCCUAGGUCGGAUAACUUGUUUAUGGGUUGGUGGUGUUGAGAUACUUCUAGUGUGCUGGGAUAGUUCCUGCAUCAUUGUGUGAAACCCAGGAUUGAAAUAAAUCCUUCUUUUAUCCUUAGCGUUGAAAUUAAUGACUGUGAAGGCUAAUUUUAAAUUCUGGUUAAAACAUAUCUCUGUAGAAAACUUGGGAGGAGGUAGUGAAAAGUUCUUAAAAUGAUAGCCUUUCUGAGUCAGUUGUGCAGCGUUAAAUGAAGGAAAUCUUCAAGCUGUAAUCUUCAUUCUCACCUUUUUAUGAUUUUUUUAAAAUUUCAUUUGUUAUUUAAGGGCAAUUCCUGUCCCUUUUUGGAGUUACAGUAGAGUUGCUUAUAGUUGAAAGCAUUAAGCUUCUUCCCACCUGUUUGAUUUUAGCAGCUGAAGGGAUUAAUACAGCUGCUAGGAAAGAGAAUAGGGGGCUCUAAGCUGGAGUAUAAACAAUAUGAAAUUCUUGAAGUACAAGGGGUUUAAGGAAGGGAAAAAAUAAAGUACUCUUCUCUAAAGAUUCUGUAAUUUCAGUACAAAACGAGAUUUUAGAGAUUGUGUCAUUGAACAACUUAAUUUUACAAAUAUGAAGAUUUGAAAUGCAGAUGAAUUUAGAAAAAUCUGAUUCAAGCUUCAAAACUAAUGCAUUUACUUCUGAAACAGUCCUUAAUGCUAUUAAACAUAUUCCUGCAUAGUCUGAGUUGUAUAGUAGGCUUAUAUUAAGGAAAUACACAGGAUUUUGUCUGUAAUGAUAGUCUGUUAGAAUGAAGAAGGAAGCUCAAGGAAUUGUUGAUGGUGUCAAAGCAAGUACUUGAGGCCUUAUUCCAUUUGAGGUCCAGUCAGAAGAAAACAUAUUCCAUGCUUUUAAUUCUGAUUCAUUAUGUUUGGUAGUGUUUUCCACUUUGGCCUACCCACUCUCCAGGAAAAACUGGUUGAGCCACCUUGUGUUUUCCAUGGUAGGAUGCCAUAAGAACUUCAGAAUUACUGGUUGAGUGAAUUUUGAAUUUGAAUUUUGGUACCACGGGCUUCCCCCGCCGACUUUAACAUUCCCUUCUAAGCAUUGAGCAUUUGUUGAUCCAAUUCUGUGUUACCUCCUGAAUGCCAGAGAUACUGUCUUAGUGUCAUGCCAAACAUUGGUGUAUUUUGACAUAAUGAAACACUUAAAUUCCAAGUUAAGGAGUGGAGAUCCAGUGUAUUCUCGCCACUCCAAUUCUCUUCUUCUUUUUUUUUUUUUUGAGACGGAGUCUCGCCCUGUCACCCAGGCUGGAGGGCAUGCAGUGGCAUGAUCUCGGCUCACUGCAACCCCCGCCUCCUGGGUUCAAGCCAUUCUCCUGCCUCUGCCUCUUGAGUAGCUGGUAUUACAGGUGCACGCCACCACACCCAGCUAAUUUUUGUAUUUUUAGUAGAGACAGGGUUUCACCAUGUUGGUCAGGUCGGUCUGGAACUCCUGACCUCGUGAUCCGCCCUCCUAGGCAUCCCAAAGUGCUGGGAUUACAGGCAUGAGCCACUGUUCCCGGCUCUCCAGUUCUCUUCUUCCAAAAUAGCACCACAAUCUGGUUUAACAAGUUAGGUUACAGUUUCAUAAUACAGUCCCUACCCUUGUGAGUAAGCUCUCUGCCUGGAGGUCUAAUUCAUGUCUAAUUCAUCUUGGAUUGAUGUCUGAAGAAUUAACAUCACCUAGGAAGGUUUAUAGAGACUAUUAACAGUCCUUUUGUGGUUGGUUUUCUUGUUUGGGUUUUGUGAGUAAGUAAACUGGUAAGGUAUAAAGAAGCUAAGUGACUUUAAUACUUGACAUUAAAUUCUGAAGCGUUUCAACUUUAGGAAGAACUGAAUUGUGCUAUGUACCUCCUUCCCAAAACUAUUCUAACAGAGUCAGAUGUUUCCUAGCCUAAUGGAAGCCUGAAAGUAUAAAAGCCUCUGUUUUCUUAUUCAGUUCAGAUUCCCCAUCAUCGUCACUGCUCACUACCUUCUUUGUUCCAGUUUUCGGUAUCUUUUCUGUUAGUUCAUGAUAUUUGGGUGGACAGAGUAGCACAGCUGUUCUUCUAGUAGGAAUUCUAUUGGCUGUGAGAAAGACUUGGGAAUACAGUCCAUUUCAAAAAUUAAGGGGAGGGCACAACUGGGAAAGGAUAGAAAGUAUGUUGUUCCCAACCUACCAAGGGUCUGUGCUCCCCAUUUAGAGGUAGGCUGCUCUUAGACUGUUCUCCUCACCCUAAAAUAGUUGGUUUACUUUGGUAGAACUUGGGGAAGUGUGAGAAAUUAGGAGAGGAAUGUCUUCUCACUUGACCACUGAAAAAUGUUUGGGGAAGGUUGUUGUUGCCUGUCACCUUUAUCUAAUCCUGCGUGGUGACUUAGACUGUCAGAUUUUAAACUCCAGUGUUUCCUAGGAGGCAUGUUGUACCAAGUUGGGCAGCAUAACUCACCUUUUUUCUCCUCCCCCCCCCCCCCUUCUUUAUCUCCUUUUGCCUUUCUCCAGCUGUGCUACCUAUGUCUUCAGCCUUGAGUGUCACUGCUGCCUUAGGGCAGCCUGGACCUACCCUCCCCACUCCUUGCUCUCCUGCCCCACAACAGUGCCCUCUCUCAACUGCUAACCAGGCUGCCCCAUUCCCUUCCCCCUCUACUGUUGCCUCGACCCCUUUAGAAGUUCCUUUUCCCCAGUCAUCCUCUGGAACAGCCCUACCUUUGGGAACUGCCCCUGAAGCCCCAACCUUCCUACCAAACCUAAUAGGGCCUCCCAUCUCCCCAGCUGCCUUAGCUCUAGCCUCUCCCAUGAUAGCUCCAACUCUGAAAGGGACCCCUUCCUCUUCAGCUCCCUUAGCUCUGGUUGCCCUGGCUCCCCACUCAGUUCAGAAGAGUUCUGCUUUUCCACCUAACCUUCUUACUUCACCUCCUUCAGUGGCUGUAGCUGAGUCAGGGUCAGUGAUAACUCCGUCAGCUCCCAUUGCUCCCUCAGAACCAAAGACUAAUCUUAUUAAAGUUCCCUCUGAGGUAGUCCCUAAUCCAAAAGGCACCCCCAGCCCUCCAUGUAUAGUCAGUACUGUUCCUUACCACUGUGUGACUCCCAUGGCCUCUGUUCAAUCUGGAGUGGCCUCCCUUCCUCAGACAACACCCACAACUACCCUAGCCGUCGCUUCCCCUCUAGUCAAAGAUACCACCAUUUCCUCAGCUCUGAUUUCUCUACAAAACCCAGGAAGCCUCAGCCUGAAGGGGCCUGUUAGUCCACCUGCUGCCUUAUCUCUUUCAACUCAGUCUCUUCCUGUGGUGACUUCUUCUCAAAAGACUGCAGGUCCCAACACCCCCCCAGAUUUUACCAUUUCUCUGGGCUCUCAUCUUGCACCUUUACAUCAGAGUUCUUUUGGUUCUGUCCAACUUUUAGGUCAAACAGGUCCUAGUGCUUUGUCAGACCCUAGAGUGAAGACCAUUUCUAUAGAUCAUUCUUCCACAGGGGCCUCUUAUCCUUCUCAGAGAUCUGUAAUUCCUCCCCUUCCUUCCAGAAAUGAGGUAGUUCCUGCUACUGCGGCUGCCUUUCCAGCAGGGGCUCCAUCUGUUGACAAAGGUCCCUCUACCAUCGCUAGCAUAACCUACAGCCCUUCUGGCUCCUUAAAUGUAGCUACCUCUUCUUCAUUAUCUCCUACAACCUCUCUCAUUCUCAAAAGCUCUCCUAAUGCCACUCAUCAUUAUCCUUUAGUGGCCCAAAUGCCCGUUUCUUCUGUUGGAACCACCCCACUUAUGGUGACUAACCCCUGUACAAUUGCUGCAGCACCUACUACCUUUGAGGUAGCUACUUGUGUUUCUCCUCCAAUUUCAUCAGGUCACAUAAGUAAUAAAGAACCAACUUUCCCUGCUGCCUUGGUUAUGGCACCUGUGGCUCCCAAAGAACCUUCUACUCAAGUAGCAACCACUCUGAGGAUACCAGUCUCUCCUCCUCUGCCAGACCCUGAAGACCUCAAAAAUCUCCCCAGUUCAGUAUUGGUUAAAUUUCCAACACAAAAAGACCUCCAAACUGUACCUGCCUCUCCUGAAGGAGCCCCUUUCUCUCCAGCCCAAGCAGGACUCACCACCAAGAAAGACCCUACUAUAUUACCGUUAGCCCAGGCAGCUCCUAAAAAUUCCUCUUCUUUCCAAAGUACAUCCUCUUCUCCAGAGAUACGUCUUUCUCCUGAAGCCACCCUAGCAAAGAAAAGCCUUGGAGGGCCUCUCCCUAUAGUGGCUGCAUUUCCUAUGGAAAGUGCUGACCCUGCUGGGGUGGCUCCCACAACUGCCAAAGGUACCUCAACUUAUACAACUACAGCCAGCCCUUUUCUAGAAGGAACUGUCUCUUUAGCUCCUAAAAACCACCCAGUUAAGGAAGGUACUCUUACUACUUUACCCUUGGUUCCUACAGCUUCAGAAAAUUGCCCUGUGGCUCCAUCCCCCCAGAAUACCUCUGCUCCUCUGGCCACCUUAGUGCUGGCCCCUGAAAUCCCAAAGUCUGUACCCUCACCCUCUCUUCCCCCAGCUGGGACUCCUCCAGGUACAAAAAAGGUUGAUGGUAUUUCUCAUACUUCAGCAUUGGCACCUGUUGCUUCCUCUCCCAAAGAGUGCCCAACUGAGGACUCUGGUGCUUCUGCUACUGCAUCUUCCAAAGGAACUCUGACUUACCUAGCUGACUGCCCAUCUCCUUUAGGGGUUAGUGUGUCUCCUCAGACUAAAAGACCUCCAACCAAGAAGGGUUCUGCUGGCCCUGAUACUCCUGUUGGAAAUCUCUCGUCCUCUGUUUCUCCAGUUGAAGCUUCAUUUCUUCCAGAGAAUAGUCUUUCUUUCCAAGGCUCUAAAGACUCACCAGCCACGAAGCAUUGUCCCACUCCUCCAUCCCCCAAAGGGGCCCCUACUCCCUCAGCUGUGACUCCUCUGUCUCCCAAAGGAGUAACACUACCCCCCAAAGAGACCCCCACUCCUUCAGCGGUGAAUCUGCCCUUCCCCAAAGAGGGUCCAGCUACCCCAGCACCCAAACAGGCUCCCUCUCUAUCCAUGACUUCUGCCUCCCCCAAAAAGGCCCGAGCAACUCCAGCCCCCAAAGGAAUCCCAGCUUCCCCAUCCCCGAAAGGGGCCCCCACACCCCCAGCUGCAACUCCUCCAUCCCCCAAAGGGGCCCCCACACCCCCAGCUGCAACUCCUCCCUCCCCCAAAGGAGGUCCAGCUACUCCAUCCCCCAAAGGGGCUCCCACUUCCCCAGCUGCAACUCCUCCGUCCCCCAAAGGAGGUCCAGCUACCCCACCCCCCAGAGGGGCCCCCACACCCCCAGCUGUGACUCCUCCCUCCCCAAAAGGAAGUCCAGUAGCUGCCCCAUUCCCCAAAGGGGCCCCCACACCCCCAGCUGCAACUCCUGCCUCCCCAAAAGGAGGUCCAGCUGCCCCAUCCCCCAAAGGGGCCCCCAUACCCCCACCUGCAACUCCUCCAUCCCCAAAAGGAGGUCCAGCUACCCCAUCCCCCAGAGGGGCCCCCACUCCCCCAGCUGUGACUCCUCCCUCCCGAAAAGGAGGCCCAGCUACCCCACCCCCCAAAGGGGAUCCCACUCCCCCAGCUGCGACUCCUCCCUCCCCAAAAGGAGGCCCAGCUACCCCAUCCCCCAAAGGGGCCCCCACUCCCCCAGCUGCAACUCCUCCCUCCCCAAAAGGAAGUCCAGCAGCUACCCCAUUCCCCAAAGGGGCCCCCACUCCCCCAGCUGCAACUUCUCCCUCCCCAAAAGGAGGUCCAGCUACCCCAUCCCCCAGAGGGGCCCCCACUCCCCCAGCUGCAACUCCUCCCUCCCCAAAAGGAGGUCUAGCUACCCUACCCCACAAAGAGGCCCCCAAUCCCCCAGUUGUAAUUCCUCCCUCUCCAAAAGGAGGCUCAGCUACCUCACCCCCCAAAGGGGCCCCCACUCCCCCAGCUGCAUCUCCUCCCUCCCCAAAAGGAAGCCCAGGCGCCUCACCCCCCAAAGGGGCCCCCACUCCCCCAGCUGCAACUCCCUCCCACAAAGGAGGUCCCGCUAUGACUCCUCCCUCCCCCAAAAGAGGACCAGCUAUCCCAUCUCCCAAAGGGGACCCCACUUCCCCAGCAGUGAUUCCUCUCUCCCCCAAAAAGGCUCCAGCAACUCCAGUCACCAGAGAAGGUGCAGCCGCCCCAUCCAAAGAAGGUCUCACUCCGCCAGCAGUGACUGCUGUCUCCCUCAAAAAGGCCCCAGCAACUUCAGCCCCCAAAGGAGGCCCAGCUACCCCAUCCUCCAAAGGGGAUCCCACCCUCCCAGCAGUGACUCCUCCUUCCCCCAAGGAGCCCCCAGCCCCCAAACAAGCUCUCACUUCUUCCUCUCCCAAAAAGGCCCCAGCAACUCCAGCCCCCAUGGGGGCCCCCACUCUGCCAGCUGUGAUUCCUUCUUCCCCCAAAGAGGUCCCAGCUACCCCAUCCUCCAGAAGGGACCCCAUUGCCCCAACAGCAACUCCUCUCUCUAAAAAGACCCCAGCAACUCUAGCCCCCAAAGAGGCCCUCAUUCCCCCAGCUAUGACUGUUCCCUCCCCUAAAAAGACCCCAGCAAUUCCAGCCCCCAAAGAAGCCCCAGCUACCCCAUCCUCCAAAGAGGCCUCCAGUCCCCCAGCAGUGACUCCUUCCUCUUACAAAGGGGCCCCAUCCCCCAAAGAGCUCCUCAUUCCACCAGCUGUGACUUCUCCCUCCCCCAAAGAGGCCCCUACUCCUCCAGCUGUGACUCCUCCAUCCUCCAAAAAGGGCCCAGCAACUCCAACCCUCAAAGGGACUCCCACUUCCCCACCUGUGACUCCUUCCUCCCUCAAAGACUCCCCCACCUCCCCAGUUUCUGUCACAUGUAAAAUGGGGGCCACUGUUCCUCAAGCAUCUAAAGGGCUUCCAGCAAAGAAAGGCCCCACAGCUCUGAAAGAAGUACUUGUUGCCCCAGCUCCAGAGAGUACGCCAGUCAUCACAGCUCCCACUCAGAAAGGUCCACAGACCAAAAAGAGUUCUGCUGCUUCACCUCCUAUAUGCCCAGAUCCCUCAGCUAAGAAUGGUUCUAAAGGACCCCUUUCCACAGUGGCUCCAGCCCCUCUACUCCAUGUUCAGAAAGACUCUUCAAAGACAGCAAAAGGCAAAGAUGUUUCUCAUUCCCCAAAGGGCCCCUUGGCUCCUCCUGAGUCUAAGGCAUCCACCCCUCUAACAGCAGCUGCCUCUGAGAAGGUCCUUCCUAAACCUGAAUCAGUAUCUGUUUCUCCAGCACCCACCCCACCAGUCUCUCUGCCUCUUGCUCCCUCCCCAGUUCCCACCCUGCCUCCUAAACAGCAAUUUCUGCCGUCCUCUCCUGGGCUGGUGUUGGAAUCACCCUCUAAACCCCUAGCCCCUGCUGAUGAGGAUGAGCUGCCGCCUCUGAUUCCCCCGGAACCAAUCUCUGGGGGAGUGCCUUUCCAGUCGGUCCUCGUCAACAUGCCCACCCCUAAACCUGCUGGAAUCCCUGUCCCAACCCCCUCUGUCAAGCAGCCUGUCAUGAAGAACAACAAGGGUAUUUGCCUUGGUUUGCCGUGUGCAUGGUGUGUCUGUCGUCCACACCCCUCUUGGGGGCUACCCACCAAUACUAACCCUGUGAUGCGCCGCUUUCUGCAGUGAAUCUGCUUGGGUUUGGAUGUAGAACAUAGAAUGAUAAUUUUAAAUGCAAAAGUUCUAGGAAUAUGAAACCAAUCUUGGUUUUCAUUACUUCAGAUAGAUACAUAGUACAUUGGGUAUCAUUUUUGUAUAAUGUGGCCCGGACUACCCUGAGCCUGCCAUGCCAUCUAUUUUACCUAAUUGAUCUGACAUUGAAAACCAAGACCUGCCAGACCUUUUAAUUUGUUCUAAUCCCUACCACAUCACUAACUAACUUUGUCCCUGGGCCUGAGAUUUGCUAAAAUUAUUGGAGAAUUGAACUAUUUGUAUUUAUUUUUCCAUUCUCAGACUUAGUAAUGACCAGUUGCCCAGGGACUCCCUUUUCAUAAAAAUGUAGAAACCUGUUUUUCCUAGCCUGAAAAUGGUGCAGGUGUAUGCUUUUUUUCCUCAGUAGUCUUUACUGAUGCUUGGCCUUUGAAUUGAAAGAAAUUUAUGUGAAUUAUGUUUGGAAAAACUAGAGAUAUAGGUCAACAUCAUUGAGAAUCUUCUAAUUAUAUUGAUUAGAUCACAUUGCUGGGGUGAAUGGUUUGAAAAUGAGGCUGAAUAUGUGUACGUGAGUGCUUUUGACUUCCUCCAACCCAGUUUAAAAGUUGAGGGGAAAACCACCCAACCUGUUGUGCCUCCACGGUGUGAUUUUGGUUUUUUCACUUAAGUGUAUCUGGGGGCACCUUCUGACAGAACUUUACAGGGAUAAUUGGACUACUGGGUAAAAUUUAGAGUCAUAUGGGUCAUUAUUUGCCUGUGCCAAGAAACAAAGACCUUGAGGGAAAUAAAGCAGUUACAGUAUAUUAAACUGCUCAGGUAUUUCUAGUGAUUACUCCUUAUUUCUGGGGUUAGGGCUGGGUCUUUACUAGAUGUGUACUUGCUAGUUAGUGACUAAGUUAGGGGCUAUCAAGCUGGCUUCACACAAGCCAGUUGGUUUACAUUUAACAUUCUUAGGUCUAGCAUGAGGCAUUGACCUCUAGUCCAGGGCAGGCUGUGGUGAAGUACCUUCUCUUAUAAUUUCUACUAUAAAACAGUAAAAGUUAUUUCUCAUUUUAGGGUCUGGAACAGAAUCUGACAGUGAUGAAUCAGUACCAGAG